UUCCCGCCGCUGCACCGGGCGAGCGCCGGGGAGGAAGUAGCUCGAGGAGCGGCGUCCUGCCGGCGCUAGCGGCUGCAGAGGCGGAGGCGGAGAGGCGGCGGCGGGCGGACCGGGCGGGCGAGGCUGCGGCAAAGGGAGAGGAAAGUGUCGGAGCCGGUUCGGCUUUAGCGUGUGGUGAAGGGUGCUUUUCAUGGUGCAUGGAAGGAAAGCCAAUGCGCAGGUGCACCAACAUUCGACCAGGAGAGACUGGAAUGGAUGUGACAAGCCGCUGCACCCUUGGAGACCCCAACAAGCUGCCCGAAGGGGUUCCCCAGCCUGCCCGCAUGCCCUACAUCUCAGACAAGCACCCUCGACAAACCUUGGAAGUGAUUAACCUCCUGCGGAAGCACCGGGAGCUCUGCGAUGUGGUGCUAGUGGUGGGCGCCAAGAAGAUCUAUGCCCACCGGGUCAUUCUGUCAGCCUGUAGCCCCUACUUCCGAGCGAUGUUUACAGGAGAAUUGGCGGAGAGUCGGCAGACAGAAGUAGUGAUCCGAGACAUAGAUGAGAGGGCUAUGGAACUGCUGAUUGACUUUGCGUACACCUCCCAGAUAACUGUGGAGGAGGGCAAUGUUCAGACCCUCCUGCCAGCUGCUUGUCUCCUCCAGCUGGCAGAAAUACAGGAAGCCUGCUGCGAAUUCUUAAAGAGACAAUUAGAUCCCUCUAACUGCCUUGGUAUUCGGGCUUUCGCUGACACUCAUUCAUGUCGUGAGUUGCUAAGGAUAGCAGACAAGUUCACUCAACAUAACUUUCAAGAGAUUUUCAUGUCUUCUUGCCAUCUGAUGUUUCCAGUGAUGGAAAGUGAAGAGUUCAUGUUGCUUCCAGCCAAUCAACUCAUUGAUAUCAUAUCUAGUGAUGAGCUAAACGUUCGCAGUGAAGAACAGGUGUUCAAUGCAGUGAUGGCCUGGGUCAAAUACAGUAUCCAAGAAAGACGCCCUCAGUUACCCCAGGUGCUUCAGCAUGUCCGUCUGCCUUUGCUCAGCCCCAAGUUCCUGGUGGGCACCGUGGGCUCUGAUCCCCUCAUCAAGAGUGAUGAAGAAUGCAGAGACUUGGUAGAUGAGGCUAAAAACUAUCUUCUGUUGCCCCAAGAACGUCCACUAAUGCAAGGACCACGUACCAGACCACGGAAGCCUAUCCGCUGUGGAGAAGUCCUUUUUGCAGUUGGUGGCUGGUGCAGUGGAGAUGCCAUUUCCAGUGUAGAACGCUAUGACCCCCAGACCAAUGAAUGGCGAAUGGUAGCUUCAAUGAGCAAAAGGCGAUGUGGCGUUGGGGUCAGUGUUCUUGAUGACCUGUUAUACGCAGUGGGAGGCCACGAUGGAUCGUCUUAUCUAAAUAGUGUUGAAAGAUAUGACCCCAAAACAAACCAGUGGAGCAGUGACGUGGCUCCUACAAGCACCUGCAGGACAAGUGUUGGCGUGGCAGUGCUUGGAGGAUUUCUUUAUGCUGUCGGUGGCCAGGACGGUGUAUCUUGCCUCAACAUUGUUGAAAGGUAUGAUCCAAAGGAGAACAAAUGGACCCGAGUGGCUUCCAUGAGCACCCGAAGGCUAGGCGUGGCUGUGGCUGUGUUAGGAGGCUUCUUAUAUGCCGUAGGUGGCUCUGACGGGACAUCCCCACUCAACACAGUGGAGCGCUACAAUCCUCAGGAGAACAGGUGGCACACCAUCGCCCCCAUGGGUACCCGGAGGAAACACCUGGGCUGUGCGGUGUAUCAGGACAUGAUCUACGCUGUGGGAGGCAGAGACGACACCACGGAGCUUAGCAGUGCGGAGAGAUACAACCCCAGGACCAACCAGUGGUCUCCGGUGGUGGCCAUGACAUCCCGCCGUAGUGGAGUUGGCCUGGCGGUGGUGAAUGGACAGCUUAUGGCUGUAGGAGGCUUUGAUGGCACAACAUACUUGAAGACCAUUGAAGUUUUUGAUCCUGAUGCCAAUACAUGGAGGUUAUAUGGCGGGAUGAAUUACCGUCGGCUGGGGGGUGGAGUAGGAGUUAUUAAAAUGACACAUUGUGAGUCCCACAUAUGGUGAACGUCUAGAAGACAGCUGUGUGUGUGCUCCACUGUAUUCUGGAGCGCUUUGACUUUGGAGCUUCUACAGCUCGGGAAAACACGAACAAAUUUUAUUCUUUGCCGGUGCCUCAACUAUGGAAACACAAGUACUUCACCUUAGGAUGCCAUCUUUGCACAGUAAUGUUCACUUCUGUGCAGAAUAUUUAUUUUUUGUUUUAAUUUAUCAUGCGUUUGUUUUUUUAGCUUUCCUCCCAACCAAAAUAAAAAAUUCAAAGCAGUGAAAUUUUAUUUUAAGAUACUAACUUUAAAAAUGCUAAUAAGGGGAGAAGGGCUAUGACCUAGCUAUUAUUUCUAGGCACUCCAUCCACAAUCCCACUCCAAAGAUUGGAAUGCGAAGUGUGUAAGUUAGCCAUCUUUCUUACACUAACCCCAGAAGACUUGAAAACCUUUUUUAAAAGGAGUAUUAAAUCAAUAAAGCCAGGACUCCAGUGGAACUUAGCAUCUUGUUUUCUGCUCCAUUUAGUUUUUUCUCCCCGAUAUUUUAGUUUCUGUAGAGCCCUACUGCGUGCCUCUACAAAACAGUAUGUGAUUCUCAUACUGUCUUGAGAAUCCCCCAAUGGAAUCAUGUAUAACACUGCAUGUUUUUACUGAAAAACAUUACUGACUGAAGCAACUUUCGAUUUGCACAUUGCUACCAAGGACCAGCAGGGAGAAUGUGCUCUCCCCGGCAGGGAACUGUUGUGCAGCUUACCUUUGAUGCUCAGGCCACAGAGGCUCCCCUGUCAUCAGCUGCCAGGAAGGACUUCCUCAGUGACAGGAUAGUACAUGGGAAAGGGGUAAAGCAAGCUGAGGCAUUUUAUUAAUAUCUUGGUUCUUUUAUACAGCUAUAUAUUAUUUUCCUCAUUCUAUAAAGUCACUGCUACUAUCACAUUGCACUUUUUGGAGAAAAGUUAAAAAGGAGAAAAAUGCUAAAAAUUUCAGUGGUUGAAAUUUGUCAUUGUGUUCAUAGACAUUUUGUGGGAAAAUCUUUUAAGAUUUUAUCCACACAAAAGGAAUAACCUUCUCUUCUCCCC